AUGUCCUCCUCCUCAACAACGUCAACGUCAACAGCAGCAGCAAAAUCAACACCCGACUCAAACAUCAACCACGCCUCCUCCCUCGAAUACUGGAACACCAUCCCCGCAACCGUGAACGGCAUGCUCGGCGGUUUUCCACAAGUAUCACGCAUUGAUCUGCGGGGAUCAGCCAGUUUUCUCGCUAAGAUUAGACGAUUACUUCAGACCGAAGACCAGCAACGAAAUAAUGAAGCAAGCGGGCAGCAGAAAAAGAGCAAAAAACUGAAAAGAGGAGUAGACUGCGGCGCGGGCAUCGGCCGCGUAACGGACGGAUUUUUGAGAAAUGUUUGUGAGACGGUGGAUGUGGUUGAGCCUAUUGCCAAGUUUGCAGAUGUUAUUCGGCGGGGUUCCAAACGAGCGGUCGAGGAUACGAAUAACUCUACUGAAACGCCUAAAGAGCAAGAAGAAGAAAAAAAAGAGGAAGAAGAAGGAGUGGUAGAAAACAUCUACGUAACAGGCCUCGAGUCCUGGCUCCCUACCGAAAAAUACGACCUCAUCUGGAACCAAUGGUGUGUUGGGCACUUGACCGAUGUCCAACUCACGACGUACCUCCAACGAGCCGCCGAUGCUCUGACUCCGAAUGGAAUACUGGUCUUGAAGGAAAACAACUCUACAGACCCAGAUGGAAAGGAUAUAUACGAUGAAGUGGACAGUAGCGUUACGAGGACGGACGAGACAUUUCGCAAGAUAUUCAAAGAGGCGGGACUGAAUUUGAUAAAGGCAGAGGAACAGUUGGGGUUUCCGAGGCAUUUGGGGUUGUUGCCUGUGAGAAGUUAUGCGUUGAGGCCGGGAAAGUCGUCAAUGAAUGAAUGA